GCUGUAGUGAGGGCCAGUGAGUGAUGGCAGCUUCCAUAGUACGGUCCUGUAGACACGUACCCACGGCAGGGUUGCGUGGGUACAGUAUGGCAAAAAUGUGGGUUCCUGUGUCAUGGAGUAGAGGGGAACCGGGUGUUGAAGCACUAGCAGCAACGAUCAAAUCCCAUCAUCAAGUCUCUCGCUCUCUACAAGUACAAAGGUUCUACAGUGCUACACCCCCACCCCAGAAGCCACCCACUUUCUUUGGGAAGAUAAUGGAAAACUUACGAGAUGAAAUGGGCAGAAAUCAGAAGAUGAAAGAGAGUUUAAAAGAGUUUAGAAAAGACAUGCAAAAACUGGAGCAGUCAGAGGCUCUGCAAAAAGUCAGAGAAAAGUAUCAAACCGUUGAGGAUGAAACUGCAGAGGGAAGCAAAAAGGCCAAGCAACAGCUCUAUACUAUCAAAAAACGUGUUUCAGAGACUGUAGAAGAAGCACAAAAAGCAGAAAUUAUUCAAAAAGCUUCAAAACUUACUGAAGAAGCAACUAAACAAGCCCAGAAGGUUGGUCAAACUAUUUCCCAAAAGAGCGAAGAACUAAGUAAGACACAGACUUAUAAAACAAUCAGUGAUACUGCGAAAGCAGUAAAAGAGGAAAUUGAUCAUUCAACUUUUGGGGGGGCUGGAGCUAGAGUUUAUAAAGCUCCUGUGUCAUUACGUAAGCGAGUGCAGCGAGAUCCAGAAGCAGAGAAGAGAAUUAUUCAAGCCAAUGCUGAAGCAAGAGGAGUAACACUACACAAGGAUUCACAAUUUGCAAAUAGUUGGCAGAACUUCAAAGAUAACAAUCCUUAUGUUAACAGAAUACUAGUGUGGAAGACUAAGUUAGAUGAAAGUGAUAAUCCAUUAGUACGAUCAUCAAUGCUGGUUAAAGACAAGGUCUCAGAAUUAUUUGGUGGAGUCUUCCAGCGUACAGAAUUAUCUGAAGCCCUAACAGAAAUAUGUAAGAUGGAUCCAUCUUUUGACAGAGAGCGGUUUCUGGUGGAGUGUGAAUAUGAUAUGAUUCCUAAUGUUCUGGAGGCUAUGAUCCGACCAGACUUAGAGGUGCUGCGAGAUUGGUGCUUUGAACGAGCUUACUCAGUUCUGGCCACCCCAGUGAAGCAAGCCUAUCAGUUAGGAUUUAUCUUUGAUUCUAAGGUUUUAGAUGUGGACAAUGUUGACUUAGUUAUGGGUAAAGUGAUGGAUGAGGGGCCAGUGUUAGCGGUUUCCUUCCAAUCCCAACAAAUUAUGUGUCUUCGUAACAGCAAAGGGGAGGUUGUAGAAGGUGACCCAAGUAAAGGUGCUGAGAGUGCAGUAUGUUGGGUGUUGUCGUGA